UGUGACUACUUCCGGUAGUUUUUUGUUGUUGUGAAAAUGGCAACCUCACCCAAUCCUGCGACCGUUGGAACGCCAAAGAAAAAGGAUGAAUCGUUCCUUGAUAAAAUUGGGACAAUUGGUCGCAAGAAAAAAGCUAAAGAAGUAAAUAUUCUAGAAGAAGAAGGCAAAAUGGCAAUCGAAUCUCCUACUAGUCCUACAAUUCCAGACGUUGGUCCAGAGGGUUAUUUGCUGGAUGAGUUAGAAGAGCGGUCAAUGAUUGAGCCAACAUCCAAAGAAGACCCUAAAGUACAAGAAUUAAUAAAGAUACUGCUUGAUUGGAUAAAUGACGUAUUGGCAGAUGACAGAAUUAUCGUGAAAGACAUUCUUGAAGAUCUAUUUGAUGGUCAAAUUCUGCAAAAAUUGAUAGAAAAAUUGGCUGAUAUAAGAGUUCAGGUACCAGAAGUAACCCAGUCAGAACAAGGACAGAAACAGAAGUUACAGAUAAUACUCUCAGUAAUAAACAGAUUGUUACAGUUACAAUGGAAUCAAGUCAGGUGGUCUGUUGAUAAAGUUCAUUCAAAGAAUCUCGUUGCCAUCCUUCAUUUGUUAGUUACCUUAGCAAGACAUUAUAGAGCACCUAUCAGAAUGCCUGAUAACGUGUCUGUCAAUUUAAUCGUUGUAACAAAGAGAGAUGGCAUACUCCAGACCAAGAGAGUAGUAGAAGAUAUCACUACGAUAAACGAUGAUAUUGGAGCAAGAUUUGAGCGUGAUGCGUUUGAUACUUUAUUCGAUCAUGCACCUGACAAACUUAAUCUUGUAAAGAAAACAUUGGUUACAUUUGUCAACAAACAGUUAUUGAAGAUUAACUUUGAAGUGGCCGAUUUAGAAGCGCAAUUUCAUGAUGGAGUUUACCUGGUUUUAUUGAUGGGUUUAUUAGAAGGAUAUUUUGUUCCUUUAUAUGACUACCACCAAACCGCAUCAACGUUUGAUCAAAAGGUGCAUAAUGUACAGUUUGCGUUUGAUUUAAUGCAGGAUGCAGGUCUUCCGAGACCAAAGGCCAGACCAGAAGAUGUGGUCAAUCAAGAUCUGAAAUCAACCCUCCGAGUAUUGUACAAUAUAUUCACAAAGUACAAAGGUCAAGGUGCAUAAACAUUCAUAGAAUGCUGGAAGCAGAAUCAGUAUAUCCACCGUGCUAAAAGCUUAGUUAUAAUAUGUGCAAUAAAAUCAUCAAACUCGUUCAAUUUACAGAUGUAGAUUUUUAUAAUGUAUUUAUAGAUAUAUGGCAGGUCAUAGUAAGCAGUAUGAUAUAUAUAACAAAGUUACAUUGUAUAUCCUUUUGCAUGUUUUGUUUAUCAUAAUCAAUGUUUUUCUUUUUUUCAUGUUUUUACACACAUAAGAUACUACUAAUACUGACUUGUUUUGAAUUUGAAGUAUUCUGUAGAGUAAAAACUUUUGGUAUCAGUUAUUUAUGAAAUCUACAUUUCAUUUUUGAACUAAAUAAGAACAAGCAUACAUGUACAUGUAUGUGGCCACUGUACACUUAAUGACUGAAAUUUAGUGGUAAAUUGCCUUUAACCAAAACUUCAACCAUUAAUGGGUUUGACAAAGGAAGGUAUUAACAAUGAUUGACAGACCAAAUAUCAAUAUGUCCUCUGAUAUCAUAGAUAGGGCUUAAAUUUAGAAAUAUUAUAUAUCAUUUAAAAAAUUGGAAAACAUAAUCAUGAUUAUAAAAUUACUUUGACAUGUUUGACGGCUCAUAUACAAUGUAUCAAUAACGGAGAAA